AUGGCGCAGCCGCCGUUGAUGCCGGCUACUGCUAAGGCACCGACUGAAGUAUCGCCGUUGAUUGAACCACACGAAGCGGUCCUGUCCGCCGACGAGCAGCAGCAACAGCCGCCACAUAUGAUUGAAGAUCCUGGAUGGAACGAAGAUGCAAUCCGCACCCUAGUCUCAGCUACAACUUUUCUCAUUUUGUUCACUUUGGCCGACCUGCUCAAGUAUGUCGCCGUCGUGCGGCUGCUGGAACUGGGUAUAUGUCGCGAGUAUCAACUCGAGCAUAAACCCAGCCUCGUGGACAACCACGGAUACGUGGAUGAAAAGCUCUGCAAGUCAGUGGAAAUACAGCAGCGUUUUGCCCAUCUACGUGGGUAUUACUCCGCUCUAGACUCGGUCGUGGGGCUUGUCCUCACUGUCCCAUCCUCUACUUUCUUCAUAUUCUUAGCCGCACAAACUGUCACCAGCACCUUUGCGACUUUGAUUGCCGCUACGUUUCUCGAACGUGGGCUUUUAUUUCUGCCCUUGGUGCUCAACUUCCCUAUUGGCCUAGUCUGUAUAGUCUCGCUUGCCGUCGUCCGCAGUGCUGAAUCCUCCGAGUUGGCAGCAUCGGCCCGCAAAGAUGUGCAAGACCAUGACGGUGAGGGACAUGGCAAUAACAGUCAUACUAACAGCGGCAACUCGGACGCGACGCACUCUAUUCGACAUAGUGCACGGAUGUUGGGCGAAGUCCUCAGAGAUCCUGUUGUUCUUGUCCUUCUAGCUACAGUUCCCGUCGCCAAAGCGGUCAAUCCUAUUGGCGAGCUCACUUGGCAGUAUAUCCCGAAGAAAUAUGGAAUCUCAUUUGCAGAGACCAGCCGGUUGUUAUCGAUUCCGUCACUGGAAUGUGUUCUCCUUCUGUUGUUCGUCCUUCCGAGCAUCAAGACUCUGGCUCAGAACAGAUACCACGCCAGGUCAACCCAAGUCGAUUUGUACUUUGUUCAAUACGGGUUUCUUAUACAAGCUGUUGGCUGUGUUGUCAUGGCUUUUGCUCCGGAUUUGUUUUUCUUCAUAUCAGGUUCUUACCCUCCCCUUACUAAUUUUCUCUUCGACUACUUUACUUCGGCUAUCAUGACAGAUCUUGCUGAUGCAAAGUAA